UUCACGCCCACAAUGUCGUUACAUUCGCAUGUUGUAAUAUUUAUUAUCAUCUUACUGACUGUAUCGGGUUACAGUGAAUUUAACGGACGUAGAGCUGCUGAAUAUGAAAAUUCAAUUUGUGAGCCAAAUAAAAAACAUUUAGACUUGGAAGGUUGUGGCGAAUGUAUUUGUAAAAGUCAUGGAUACGGCAGUUUAUGCGAACAAGUAACAUGUUCUAAAACCUUCAAAAGACCGAUUCAUGAUCGUGAAUGUACACCAAUGGAAGACUUUUCAACAUACUGUCACUACUGUAAAUGUUCAGCUGGUGGUAUACCAGUUGAUUGUCGUGAAAAAAGAUCUGGUUGCUUGGACGAAUUAAUGGAGCGUUUACAAAUAAAAAGAUUGGAAAGAAGAGCUAGGCGUAAUAUGCGAGAAAAACAAAUUAAAAUAAAAAUUCCAACCAGUCGGUUUUUGGAUUAUUGA